GCUGUGUCUUCCUUCCCUUCUCAAAAGAAGGAUGUGUCCAGUGCCCUCAGUAUGGACACCAUCCUGUCAUUAACCAACUGAGCUAUGGCCUUGAAUAUCUCCGCCCAGGACUAUGAAUACCAGCGGGAUCUUAUCAUGCUUCUCUCCAGCCCUCUGUCUGCCUUCAUCAUCAUCUCCAAUCUCUUCAUCAUUGUUGGGAUUGUCUUCAACCGUAAACUACACAACACAACGCACUACUUCUUUCUAAGUCUGCUGUUUGCGGAUUUCUUCACUGGAGUAGCACUGCCCUUUAUUCCAAAAAUGAGGUUCAACAAGGAGUUGUAUUACUUUCCAUGCAUGGCCUUCUUUGUUUCACCCAACUUCUUUUUCCUUUCCUUCCUGACCAACCUGUUGAUGGUCCACUAUGAGAAGUACCUGUGUAUCAUAUACCCAUUGCACUAUCGGAGUAUUUGGCUCCAUCGCUGUGUUCCAUUCUCCUUGAUCUUGGUCUGGACGUUGCCUUUUGCUUUUUCUUGCUUGCCCAUGAUGGGAUGGAACAACUGGGGGGACAACGGCACCUGUUCCUAUAGACAUGUCUUCACAAAAGAAUACAUUUAUUUGGAAACCUAUGGUGUUGUCAUCCCAGCCAUCUUGGCAAUCAGCUUUAUCACAAUCAAAGUGCUUUCUGUAGCCAGGAGGCAGUUGAAAGACAUUAAGAAGCUCCAUCGAUCGGUCCAGAGGGGAGCAGGGGCGGACCUGGAGCACCAGAUGGACAUACGUUAUGCCAAGUGCAUUGCUAUUGUCUCAUUGACAUUUCUGAUAUGUUGGGUUCCUUACAUUGCGUUUCUCCAGGUCUCAGUGUUGGCCAUGGAGAAAUAUGAGAUCAGCUGGUGGAUAAUCCUAACUGUGACCACCGUGGGAAGUGGCAGUGCAGCAGUCAUUCCUAUUAUAUUGGGUCUCAGCCACCAACAGUACACUGAACUAUGGAGAAACCUUUUCAAAAAGUGCUGCCACUCCUGUUGUCCAUGUCAGAAGAUACCACCCAGUCUCCAUGAUAUGACCAGCAAAGAGGAGACACUAGAGGAUGGUUUGACUGCAAAAAAAUAAUGUCCUUUAUAGCACUUUUAGAAUGCCUUAAAUACUGAGUAAUGAAACCCAUGUGUACAAAUGAUUCAAGACAUGAAAAACUCUGAUAGGUGUUAAUUGACCUCUUGGAAUGCUGUAACUUAAAGCCAGUCGGUCCCGUGAACUCUUAAUGAUUACAGUCUACAAUGUCUUUUUAUUUUGAUUGUAACAGAAUAUUUUAUAGAGUGCUCUCCUUUUACGAUGAAAACUGAGACACAUCAGUUCAGAAAGAGACAGGAGCAUGGAGUCUACUACAUUCUGGUAUGGUAGUGAAAAGAGAAGAAAAAAAAAAACAGUUCAUUUUUGCGGGUGUUUCCCUGAUAUCAUAUUUUAUGUCACUGGACUUAUUGUGAUGUCAUAGCAUCUAGCCAAUCUUCUAUUUAUUUGUCUUUACUUCAUC